AUGUCAUCUACUGACCUUAGUGAACUUCAACACAACCCUUUUUUGGUUGGUUCAACACUGAUAACCAGGUCAUCACCCGUCCCUAAUGGCCUUCCACGCAUCCCUUUGCCUGGUGGCCUUUCACGCACUUUAGUUAGGACAACAAGGUCGGGAUUCUCAGGGAGUAGUAGCAUGAGUGCCAUAAAUACACAUAUGGGCUUGAUUGAUGUUAUAGUAGAUACAGGGGUGGAACAUGGGCUUGAGUAUGGGCAUGAGUCUAUGCAUGAGCCUGAGUCACCAAUGGUUCAGAAGCCCCAUUAUUUUGGUAUACAAGGUAGAUCAAAUGAUGCAGCUUCGAAUGGCUCUCAUAGGCCAUUUAUCACACGAAAGGGAUACAAGUUUGGGAGAGAAAGUAUUCAUCGAGCAAUCUUAAAGAUAUUUUGGCAGUCUAUAUAUGAACCUUGGAUUACUUAUAGAAAAAUUCCAAAGGAAGUUGUCAGUCAAAUGUUUGAGUGUUUCAGGUGGGAUCCAAAUGAAGAAGGGAGAAUUCGUGAAGGUUUUGAGAAUACGCUGAAAGAUUGCUAUAGGGGUAGAAUGAAGGAUGCCAGGGAAGCAUCGGGAAAUUCUGCAAGAAAAUCUGGACACGUUAUCACAGAGAUUAAUGAUAACUUUGAGAUUCUUGCAAAUUACAAUCCUGUUGAAAUACAUGCAGAUGUUUGGCGACGUUUGUGUAGGAAAGAGUUGACGUGUGAAGACCCCUCAUUUAUUGAUCUUUCUUAUAAGACACAUCUUACUGCCAAAUCAAAGAAAAUAUAUUUUGGGGGAGAUAAACAGGCGCCAUUGGAUUUUGUGAAUGAGACAUCUAGGGAGGCGAUCGAAUCAUAUAACAAAGCCUUAUCUCAAAAAUAUGGUGAUGAUCUGACUCAACAUAAUGUGAAUGAUCCAGAAUUGUGGACCCAAACAUAG